CCGGGGCGGGGAGGGUCCGUUACUCAGUCCCCAGCAGCACAUCACCGACACAACAUGGCGUGCAAGUUCAUCGUUCUCGCGGCGCUCGCCUCUAUGGCCCACGGCGGAGCCAUCGGCGUGGCCACCCCCGUCGCCACCCAGUACACAACCUACGCCCACGCCCCGGUAGCCGUCGCCCACGCCACCCCCGUUGUGCAGAAGACCGUCGAUUACGACCCCAACCCCAGCUACUCUUUCGAGUACUCGGUGUCGGACAGCCACACCGGCGACGAGAAGAGCCAGCACGAGAGCCGCCAGGGCGACGUCGUCCAGGGCUCCUACUCCCUCAACGAGCCCGACGGCACCCGCCGCACCGUCGACUACACCGCCGACCCCGUCAACGGCUUCAACGCCGUCGUCCACAAGGAGGCCAGCCACGUUAAGGCCGCAGUGCAGACCUACGCUGCCGCCGCUCCGGUCGUCCACGCCGUCCACGCCACCCCCGCCGUGCACACCUACGCCGCUGCUCACCCUGUCGCUUCCUACGCCUCUGCACCCCUCGUCCACAGCACGCCAGCAGUCCAGACGUACGCUGCUGCAGCGCCCGUCGUCCACGCCACCCCUGCCGUGCAGACCUACUCCGCUGCUCACCCCGUCGCCACCUACGCUGCUGCUCACCCCGUCGCUACCUACUCCGCUGCUCACCCCGUCGCCACCUACGCCGCUGCUCACCCUGUCGCCACAUACGCAGCUGCUCACCCCGUCGCUACCUACGCUGCUGCUCACCCCGUCGCUACCUACUCCGCAGCUCACCCCGUCGCUACCUACGCCGCAGCUCACCCCGUCGCUACCUACGCAGCAGCACCUGUCGUCCACAGUGCCCCUGCUUUCCAGACAUACGCUGCUGCCCACCCCGUAGCCCACGCCACGUACGCCGCUGCCCCCGUAGCCCACGCCACGUACGCCGCCGCCCCCGUAGCCCACGCCACGUACGCUGCUGCACCUCUGGCAGCUUACUCCGCCACCCCUGUCGCUCACCACACAUAUGCCACCUACGAGCAUGCCGACCACAUUGAGCUCCAUCAUUAAGUCUGUGUGAGUACAGCUUAAAGUUCGUAUGACUGAUAUGCAGACUGAUAACUCUGUAAUAGUUUGUUUUCAAUAAACAUCGCUAUUUUUGUUAAA